AUUAGAGUGAGCCCUUUUCGAGCGAAGUUUCACAGUUCUCCCAUCAACACAAACCUCUCCAGCCACGGCAUGCCUUUGGCUCUCAAACGCUUCAGCCGCUGCAUGCAAUGCACUCGAUCCUCGAUCCUCGAUCUGCAGCGUUUAUCACAUCCAUAUAGCCGACACCCACUGCUAUCCACGAUCUCGAGAUAGUCCACUCUCAUAACCACAUCGUAUAACCUCUACUGCUUCACGUUCUUGCAUCCUCGAGCUCUGAGAUCGCAGGCACAAGUCCUGCCCAUUCUCGAAUAGAAUCAAUUUGAUUGACGUAUUAGCGUCGCGUUCUCCGUCCCGAUUUCUUCUACUCAAGUACUUGGAGAACUCAACAGAUGCGGCAGACGACUUCUCCGGCGUCAACUAGGUUUUAAGAAUCGAUUUUUACUAUGGUUUCAGAAACAGAAGAAAAAGAACCCGAAGUUGAUUGGGGAUCACCAUCACCACAUGGGUCUAAUGCUCCGACCUCUCCAGAAGAGCCACAACAUGAAACAUCACAGUCCCUGUUUAAUGAUGCAGCGAACCAGAGCUUCACUUAUUCUGCAGAAGAAAUGGGUGUAAGCUUGGCGUCUCUACAGAGCCAGUCAAUCGGGAGCAACAACUUCAAGGGUGUCCAGUUUGAGCUACAGGAGGUAGUAGCAGAACUAGACGAAGCAGAGUCCAACAGUGAGUCGGCCGGUUCGAUUGAUUGGGACCAGAUUGGACGAGAUGGUCGUAACAGUUUUACCAAGAGCACUUUGACUCUAUACAAUCUCUGUUGGUGGCUAUUCAAGUGGCCAAUCCUUCUCAUCAGUUAUCUAUUAGAUGCCUUGGGGUGUAAGCGAUUGUUGGGCUUAGAUGAGCCCGAUGUUGCUCCUGGGCCUCUAGCAGUGGAGGCCGCUCCGGCAGUCCAAGGAGCAACACUUGCUACUGCAACUGCUGUGGCAAUGGCAGCUGGCAUUGCCAUCACUGCUGCAGUGGUGGCCACUAGGACUCCCGGUGCAAUCCCACCAGCUGACAUCUACUCCAGACCUUUCUGCAACAGCUCCUCUGCUGAUGAUUAUGAGGUCAAGACGGGCAUUACACGCAUAGUUGUGCAGAACGUUACUCCCAAGGAGGUCAAUGCCAACAAAGACAACCUGGAAGAGGCAUUCCGUGACAUCUUCAAUAACCAGACUGAUGGAUGUGAUGAUGAAUAUGAUCGUUUCAUGCUGGGCAAUGAACUGUUAGAGGCAGAAAAUAUCACAGCAGGAGACAUCCCUUUGACACUCACCAUCUGGGAAUCCAAUGUCAGCUGCAACGGCUGCCCAGAUAACAACCCCCUCUUUGAUGAGGGUCCAACUAGAGGUCAUCCAAACGAGGCAAACGACGAUACAGAAAUCAAUCUAAGGUUCCAUGAUUUGGUUACUCGAAUGUCACAGGAGAUUGCCGCUACCAUCGAUGACACCUCUAAGAAAGUGGAUGGUCCUACCCUAACCCACCCACAACAAUCCACACCCAAGACACGGAAUACUCCCAUUGUGUAUAUUGAUGCUGUAGAUCCAAACAACCCAGAUGUGAUUGUUGAAAGCCAUGGAAUCAUGCCAGAUGGGAUGAUUGACAGCCAAGGAACUAUGCCAGAGAAGAUGGAGGUUCCCAGCAAGGAGAUUCCUCCCAUUACAAGCAAUAUUCCAGAAAACAGUGGUAGAGGCAAUGAAACAGCGCCGAAUGACCAGGAAACCUCAGUUGCUACUCAUGAGGACCAGCCUACUGCUACAACUGCAAACAUUUCGGCCCCGUCAACUCCAAACCUGAACGAUAACCAGGCACCAUCAACCAAAGACGACAACCAGGCACCAUCAGCUUCAAAUGGGAACCAUGAAAACAACCCAAGUAGUACACCCACAACCAGCAACAACCCAGGCAACCAGGCUCCAUCCACCUCAAAUGACAAUAGCACAGAAGCACCUUCCAUCACCAAUGAUAACAACCAAGCUCCAUCAACUGCAAAUGCCAGCAGUCAAGCCCCGGCUUCCCAAAACAACAACUAUACAUCACCAACAGAUGCCAGCGGGUCCGCACCUUCUUCCACCACUGCUAUUCCUAGUAAGCAUAUGGGAAACAUACCUCUCCCGCCUGCAGCAUCUACCAAUGCAGCACCAAGUGUUUUCAAUGGGGUGCCUGGUAACAACAACCAGAAUCCCACAGUUCAGUCAGGAUUUAGCAGUCCUCAUGGUCGGGAUAUACCCUCCAAUGAUCCUGCUGCCUCCAUUCCAACAACAGGAGGACCUACAAGUGGUUCUAGAGGACCUGUUGCUGCAACAAGCCAUCAUAGUGUUCAAAACAACAACUAUACAUCGCCAGCAGAUGCCAGUGGGUCCGCACCUUCUUCCACCACUGCUUUUCCUAGUAAUCAUACGGGAAACACACCUCUGUCGCCUGCAGCAUCUACAAAUGUGGUGCCUGGUGAAAACCAUCAAAGUCCUACGGUUCAGUCUGGAUUUGGUAGUCCUCCUGCUCCAGAUAUGACCACCAAUGUCCCUGCUGCUGCCAUUCCAACGAUAGGCGGCCCUCCAAGUGUACCUACUGGACCUAUUGAGGUUUCCAUUUUGGCAACAAGUGGACCCACAAUAAUACUUCCAAGUUCCUCAGCUGCGCCCACAGCCUACACUCAAAACCACCGUUGA